AUGUCUGUUGAAGGUGUUCGUAUUCUCGCCCCUGUGCUUGGUGACCACGCCAAGAUCCUCACCCCUGAGGCCAUCAAGUUCUUGGCUGUGCUGCACCGCAACUUCGAGGGUACCCGCCAGGAGCGCCUGAAGGCCCGUGAGGCCCGCCAGGUCGAGCUGGACGGCGGCAAGACUCUGGACUUCCUGCCCCAUACCCGCGAUAUCCGCGAGGACCCCUCAUGGGUUGGUGCCAAGCCCGCCCCUGGUCUCCGCGACCGUCGCGUUGAGAUCACCGGCCCCGUUGACCGCAAGAUGGUCAUCAACGCCCUGAACUCGGGUGCCUACACCUACAUGGCCGACUUCGAGGACUCGAACUCGCCUACCUGGGCCAACAACCUCAACGGUCAGGUUAACCUGAACGCGGCCAUCAACCGCACCGUCGACUUCAAGCAGUCGAACGGCAAGGAGUACAAGCUGAAGCCCGCUGAUCAGCUUGCUACUCUCAUUGUCCGCCCCCGUGGCUGGCACCUGAACGAGGACUUCUUCCUCGUUGACGGCCAGCCCAUCUCUGGUGGUAUCUUCGACUUCGGUCUCUACUUCUUCCACAACGCCAAGCAGCUUGUGGCCAACGGCUUCGGUCCGUACUUCUACCUCCCUAAGAUGGAGUCGCACCUUGAGGCCCGUCUCUGGAACGACAUCUUCAACCUGUCGCAGGACUACAUCGGCAUCCCCCGCGGCACCAUCCGUGGUACCGUGCUGAUCGAGACCAUCACUGCUGCCUUUGAGAUGGAGGAGAUCAUCUACGAGCUCCGUGAGCACUCGUCGGGUCUCAACUGCGGUCGCUGGGACUACAUUUUCUCGUUCAUCAAGCGCCAGCGCUACAACCAGAGUGCUGUGCUGCCCGACCGUGGUGACGUUACCAUGACUGCUCCCUUCAUGCAGGCCUACGUGAACCUCCUCAUCCAGACCUGCCACAAGCGUGGUGUGGCUGCUAUCGGUGGUAUGGCCGCCCAGAUCCCCAUCAAGGACGACCAGAAGGCCAACGAUGCCGUUAUGGAGAAGGUCCGUGCCGACAAACUCCGCGAGGUCAAGGCCGGCCACGACGGUACGUGGGUUGCCCACCCCGCGCUGGUCAAGAUCGCCCUUGAGGUGUUCAACAAGCACAUGCUUGGUCCUAACCAAUACUAUGUCCGCCGCCCCGAGGUGAACGUGACUGCCCUCGACCUUCUCAACCCCAACGUCGCGGGCAAGAUCACCGAGAAGGGUGCUCGCGCCAACGUGCAGGCCCUCCUCGCCUACUGCGCCAACUGGGUUCAGGGUCUUGGCUGUGUCCCGAUCAACUACCUCAUGGAGGACGCUGCUACUGCUGAGAUCUCGCGUAUCUCGCUCUGGCAGUGGGUCUACCACGGUGCCAGCACUGUGGACGGCAAGAAGGUCACUCCCCAGUACAUUGACGACCUCCUGAAGGACGAGGCUUCCAAGCUCAAGCUCGACGCCAAGGCUGUGGAUCUCUCGCGCCGCUACCUGUCCCAGCAGGUGCGCGCCAAGAAGCCCAGCGAGUUCCUUACCUCGGACCUCUCUGCCCACCUUGACAACAGCAGCUCGCUCGCCAAGAUCUAA